UUAUUGCGAGUUCAACAUGGCUGCGCCCGUGAUGUUGUCGAGAAGGAGGUGAGCCUUUGACGUGAGAGACGGGCUGAUUCUUUCUUUAAAAACCUGUCGCACUCACGAGGUGUAGAAGUGGACGAGAAGCACACCACUAUUUGCAAAGAUUGCUGCGAAUUUAUCUAUUUCGUGGGCAUCCUGGGCCUGAAUUGGGAACAUUUCUGACCGCCAACUCCACUGAAAACCCUGAAAUACUGGCUUUUCAAUGGGGAAAAAAAAUAUACUGGUCUGACAGCAUUGUGCUUUGAAAUGGAGAAGGAUUAACUGAAAGACUUCACUUGUGAAUCUUCAAAUGAUGGAAUACUGAGAAAUGAUUAAAAGCACUGCGGAGCUCGGAAGCAUUUUCUGGUUGGACUUCCUGCUGGCACCCAGGGAAAUGGCAUCAGAAUGAAAGGGGACUGUUUGGAAAAGAAAACGUAGGCCGUUAUUAAUAUUGAUCACCUUUCUGAUUCAGUAACCUGCUUAGAUAUUCAGGACGAGGAGAGGUUCCCGCAGCCGCUGCCUCUUCUCGCUGAAGGAUUUGAGAAACUGCCUGCGACCUGAAUGGAUGGGAAUGGGGAAAGCAGGAUUUUACCAGCACAGGGCUGAACGCCCCUCCACCGCCUUCACUUUGCUGUUGCUUUUCAUUUCGACGUGUGCCAACACAGCUUACUGCCAGCAACAGUAUCAGUGCAGGAUCCAGAAGUGUACCACUGACUUUGUGGCCCUGACCUCCCAUCUGAAUGCCGCCCUGAAUGCUUUCGCCUCAGAGUUCUGCAUCGCCCUCCGAGCUUAUGCUCUCUGCACCGAGCGCACAGCCAAGGCGUGCCGGGGUAACCUGGCCUUCCACUCAGCCAUGCUUGGCAUCAGCGACCUGAUGAGCCAGAGGAACUGCUCCCGGGAAGGGCCUACCUUGAUUGCAGCCAAGGACCUGGUACCUGUCAGUCACAACAUGGGCUUUUGUGAUUAUGAGAACCGAGCUGGCUUGGUCGGGGGGCAUCGGGCAGCAGCAGGCACUGAACCGCAGUCCAGCCGCCGUUACGUCUUCUGUGGCUUGUUUGGCGACCCGCAUCUCAGAACUUUUCGGGAUCACUUUCAAACUUGCAAAGUGGAAGGAGCCUGGCCUCUGAUUGACAACGACUACUUGUCAGUGCAAGUAACCAACGUCCCUGUUGUGCAGGGUUCCAGCGCCACAGCUACUAACAAGAUAACAAUCAUAUUCAAAACUUACCAUGACUGUACAGAUCAGAAGGUUUAUCAAGCGAUGACAGAUGAUCUGCCUGCAGCAUUCAUUGAUGGUACAACAGUGGGAAAUGGCUGGAUAAAGACUUUGUGGAUAGUGGAGAAAGUAAGUGGUAAACAUGUGGAGGUGCAUGCAAAAUACAUUGGAAUGACUGUGAUAGUGCGCCAAGUGGGGCUGUAUUUGACCUUUGCAUUGCGGAUGCCUGAAGCAUUAGCCCUGUCUGAGAAUGACAACCAGGGACUGCAGCUUUGUGCCCGUGGCUGCCCCACGAAUGAACGCAUUGACGAAGGUGGACAUCUUCCUCUUCCAGCCAAUAGUCCAAACCAUCUGCACCAUCCCAAGGCCCCAGCAAAGGGAGCUUACACAUUAGAGACUGCGACGGCCAAAUGCCAUGAGAAAAUCCAAGUUAAGGAUGUUUAUUUUCAUUCUUGUGUGUUUGAUCUUCUGACAACUGGAGAUGCAAACUUUACAGCAGCAGCUUACAGUGCCCUCCAAGACCUGGAAACGUUGCAUCCAAGGAAAGAAAGGUGGCACAUUUUCCCCAGAAGCAGCAGUGUUGCCCAGAACAUCAAUGUCUUAUUUAACAUUUUUGUUGGACUGUUUUCUUUUGUUAUAAUUGUGUUUUUGUAAGGUUUUGUUUAUAAAAAUAUUAAAUAUAUAUUGUUAUAAUAUAUUCAGAAGUAUAUAUGUAUAUACAGUAUGAGAUUGGAUGGCAAUCCUGAGUAAACAAGAUUGUACAUAUUGUGUAAUUUUGUUAUGUAAGUUCACAGGAAGUUGGUUGUAGUAUUAUGUACUUUUGGUGAAAGUUUUUUUUUUGCAAGUUAUGUAUGAGUUGUGUUAGCCCUGUAGUAGGGUCUGUUGUUACAAAGGGCACUUUAUGUUUCUACUAACUGACACUUAAAAUGGCGACCAGUAAAUGUGUUGAAAUUUAUUUUGCUGUCUGUCAAAUUGAAGUUUUGAUAUACAGCCUCAGAAGGAUUCCCAGAUGUGCUUCCUGGGUAUAAAUAGAUAACUUUGUGCAAGUGUAAUUGCCUAAAUAUGUAAAUAGUUAACUUAUUUAUAAUAAUGUCCUACUAGAAGAACCUAGAGCAGAUUCUGUGCUAUUUGUGUUCACUCUGCUGUGAUAGUGGUGCCACCUUGUGGAUUGCACUUGAGUUACUUCAGUGUUCAGGUUACCAGUGAUUUGCAAACCUAAUUUGUGAUUUUUAAAAAGGGUGUUAAAUGCCUGUUAUAUUACAUGAUGUAUGUUAAGAAACCCCUUCCCUCUGUCCCACUAAAAAAGGAAAAGUUAGAACUUGUUCCUAAGGCAGUAAAUGCAUUUUCUUGGGUUUUUCCACAAUUGUCUUUUCAAGGCUUUUGCUGCUCAACAGCAAUGGAGAUAUCUGACUCUGUUAAAUAUGAUCUCUUUUUGGCUUUUAAAGUUUCAUUGGUUGACGGGUCCAGUAAAAUUGCUCAUGUCUUAGCCGAUUUACAUUUUAAUGCUAGGAGUGUAACUGUUUCCUCAUCAAUCACUUUAUAUGAGUAGUCACACCUGCAAAGUUAGUCCAACCACUUUUCAUUGGACCAUCACUACGCUUUGCAUCUUUAUAACAUUCUCUCAUAGGGCCACAAUGCAGAAUAGCAGUAGUAAAUUAAUAUCUUGGCUACUCAGAUUUAUAAACCUAUUCAGAGCAAUUCAGUUGGGAAUGAGAUCUUGCUAAGUGAAAAUCAACUGUGUGCAAAUUGGUCUCAUCAAAAUUUUAUAAACUCAAAAUAAAUGUUCUUGCAUACAUCUAUGAAUAACUUAAAUGUGGCUUUUACUGUAGAUGGACUUGAAGAAUCAGUUGGUAUUAAAUGCAUCUGAUAAAUGCUCCAUUUUCCAUUGAUCUCACACAAUAUCCCCUACAAUGGUUUACUAUAUCUUGGCAUUUGGUACACAAAGAGGCCUCCACCCAUGAUUCCACAUGAUAUGGAAGCCUUGUUCUACUUUGGAAAAGUCCUACAGAAUAUAUCAAGUCUGAAUUAACUAUAUAUUUUAUUUGGAUUUCUUUUCUGUUUAAAUUAGGCAGCUACCAUUACUAUUUCACCAAAGUGGAAAACCUGCAAGUUUGUAUAUUUUAAAUUCCCAUUGAAGUCAAACAUGCUGUUGAAACAUGCAUUAAAGUUCUGUUAGAAAGUGUAUGUUUAGUGUCU